AUGUCCGAACAAUUAAGACAAACUUUUGCUCAAGCAAAAUUGGAAAAUCGUAAUACCUUAGUCACAUUCAUGACUGCAGGCUACCCAACCGUCGAUGCCACAAUUCCAAUCCUCAAGGGGUUCCAAGAUGGUGGUGUCGAUGUCGUCGAAAUAGGUUUGCCAUUCUCUGAUCCUAUUGCAGAUGGUCCAACUAUUCAAGUUGCAAAUACUGUCGCUUUGGACAAUGGUGUCACUAUGGAGAAAACUUUAGAAUUAGUUAGAAAGGCAAGAGCUGAAGGGUUUACUCUACCUAUCAUCCUAAUGGGUUACUAUAAUCCAAUCUUAAAUUACGGUGAAGAGAAGUUCAUUAAAGAUGCAGCGGAUGCAGGUGCGAACGGGUUCAUCAUUGUUGAUUUACCACCUGAAGAAGCUGUUAAAGUUAGAAACUUUGUUGCCAGUGUCGGAUUAAGUUUGGUCCCAUUGGUUGCUCCAUCCACGACUGAUGAUAGAUUAGAAUUACUGGCUAAGUUGGCCGACUCCUUCGUUUAUGUCGUCUCAAGAAUGGGUACUACAGGUGCCCAAACUUCAGUCGCUUCCAAUCUGGAUCAAUUAGUCAACAGAGUAAGAAAAUACACAAAGGAUACUCCAUUGGCUGUCGGGUUCGGUGUUGCAACCAGAGAACAUUUCAAAGCUGUCGGUUCCAUGGCUGACGGUGUUGUCAUCGGUUCUAGAAUCGUUUCUCUUUGCGCUCAAGCCAAAGAUGGAGAGCAUUAUAAUGUUGCUAAGAACUAUGUUGAAGAAAUCCUAAAUAAUGUCAAACAUAAGAUCUUAACGAAGGAUGAGUAUAUUGAAUUGAAAGAUCGCUCUAUUGAAGCUGCCAAGUCUCAUAAUGAACCAGUCAAUACAUUCCAUGAAGAACAUAAACAUCCUAUCAGAUUCGGUGAUUUUGGUGGUCAAUACGUUCCAGAAGCUUUACACGCCUGUCUUAGAGAAUUGGAAAAAGGUUUUGACGAGGCUGUUGCUGAUCCAACAUUCUGGGAAGAAUUCAGGUCAUUAUAUUCCUACAUUGGUCGUCCAUCUUCAUUACACAGAGCUGAAAGACUAACACAACACUGUGGAGGGGCUCAAAUCUGGUUGAAAAGAGAAGAUUUAAACCAUACAGGUUCCCAUAAGAUAAAUAACGCUUUAGCUCAAGUCUUGAUUGCUAAGAGAUUAGGUAAAAGUAACGUGAUUGCUGAGACUGGUGCUGGUCAACAUGGUGUCGCCACGGCCACUGCUUGUGCCAAAUUCGGUCUAAAAUGUACAGUCUUCAUGGGUGCUGAAGAUGUCCGUCGUCAAGCUCUAAACGUUUUCAGAAUGAGAAUUCUUGGUGCUGAGGUUGUUUCCGUUACUAACGGUACCCAAACUUUGAGAGAUGCCACUUCUGAAGCUUUCCGUAACUGGGUCACAAACUUAAGUACAACUUAUUACGUUGUUGGUUCAGCUAUCGGUCCUCAUCCAUACCCAACUUUAGUUCGUACUUUCCAAAGUGUUAUUGGGCAAGAAACAAAGGAACAAUUUGCCGCAUUAAACAAUGGUAAAUUGCCAGAUGCUGUUGUUGCUUGUGUCGGUGGUGGUUCAAACUCUACUGGUAUGUUCUCGCCUUUCGAACAUGAUCUUUCCGUUAAAUUAUUCGGUGUAGAAGCUGGUGGUGAUGGUCUUGAUACUGAUCAUCAUUCAGCAACAUUGACUGCUGGUAGACCUGGUGUAUUUCACGGUGUUAAGACAUACGUGCUUCAGGAUAACGAUGGUCAAGUUCAUGAUACCCAUUCUGUUUCCGCUGGGUUAGAUUAUCCAGGUGUCGGUCCAGAAUUAGCUUUCUGGAAGGCUACUGGUCGUGCUCAAUUUAUGGCUGCUACAGAUGCUGAAGCUUUAGAAGGUUUCAAACUAUUAUCUCAAUUAGAAGGUAUUAUUCCAGCUUUAGAAUCUUCUCACGCUGUCUACGGGGCUUGUCAAUUAGCUAAAACUAUGAAACCAGAGGAACAUCUCAUUAUCAAUAUCUCUGGUAGAGGUGACAAAGAUGUCCAGAGUGUUGCUGAGGUUUUACCUAAAUUAGGUCCAAAGAUUGGCUGGGAAUUAAGAUUCCAAGAAGAUCCGUCAGUUGGCAAUUAA